AUGUAUGCUGUGACUACUAGUGUUGAGGGUGACUGUUACUUGUGUGUACCGCCUGACCCGGGCAUUGAGGCCACUGCUCUAGGUGCUGGUGAGGCUGCUGCUCUAGGUGCUAGUGUGUUAGCUGCCCCAAGUGCCAGUGCGUCUGCUGCCCCAGGUGCCAGUGCGUCUGCUGCCCCAGGUGCUGGUGAGUCUGCUCUCUCAGGUACUACGUCGGCUCAGGCCUUCCACAUCUUCACCCUUGACUCGGGUGCGUCCCGCUCCUUCUUUCGAGACCGCACCACUCUUACGCCGCUCAGUCAACCGGUUGCAGUCUCCCUGGCAGACCCCUCUGGGGGUCCUGUCCUUGCUAGCUUCUCCACUGUCUUACCGUGCCUGGCAGCCCCCUCUGGCACCCUGCCAGGUCUCUACCUCCCCUCGUUCUCUACGAACUUGGUGAGUGGAGCGGACCUAAAGGAUAGGGGGGUUGACUA